AUGCGGUCGACAUCACGGCUUCUGGCGGCCGUAAAAUCAGCGUCCAAAUACCUCGAACCCAACACACCGACCGGAUUGACCGGUCUCUCGACGCACCCGUCACCCCGACCCGCCCUCAUCUACACCUAUAAACAGACCCUCAAGAAGCUCACCCAACUGCCCGCGAGCUCCGUAUACCGACAGUCAACAGAGGCGUUGACGAAGCAGCGACUGGCGGUCAUCGAGGCCACGAAACCCGAGGGCUAUGACGCAUGGCUGGCACGGGUGCGCAAGCAGAUCGACGGCAACCCGGAGGCGUUCAGCCAGUUCCACGUCAGCGAUGGCAGCCUGCAGAGUGAGAAAGCCUUUGUCGAGGACGUUGAGGUCUGGGACGGCCAGCACACCCGGCAACACUCGUACCAGGAGGGCUCCAAUGCCAUGUCCGAAGCAGAGGCCAAGUCGAAUGCCGUGAAGGAAGAGGCUGAUCGCGUGGACAAGGAGGCUACAUCUGGCGUGGCUCCUGGUGUGGAGGAUCUCGAGAAAGAGCCGCCUUUGACAAGAGUCCAGGUCGACGAGAUUGAGCAGAAGAUUGGUGCUGGCCUGAUUGAGGAGGUGCUACAGGUCGCUGAGGGCGAGUUACUGCUUGUCGACGAAUUGUUGAAAUACCAAGUGUGGCAAGAUCUUGAGGAACCCAUACCGACGGGCCAAUGGGAGUAUUUUGAGCGUGGAGAUCACGCGUAG